AAAUCUCAACAACUUCUUGUUCUUUAUAUUCCAUCCAAUACUUCACUCCUCUUAGCAUUCCAGACAAUGAUUCAAACACAGCAUAGCACAAAAGUUGCUUAGACGAGUUUGAAGAAAGAACAAGAAGAAACAAACAAGCACAAAAUUAAAGAAAUGGACCCCUGCACUGUUAUAAAGGUGGCAAAAGAGGAAGAUCUUGUAAACCAGAUUGGAAAGGAGGUUUAUUUUGAUCUUGUAGACUAUCAAAACGUGACAUGUUUCCGUGUUCUAAACUCGACCACAUUUAACUUUUUCAAGGAAGAGGCUGCUAAAACGUUUCACGUACCAGCUCAUUUACAGCGGUAUUGGGUAUUGGCAAACCGUCGAAACAGUACAUGUCGUCCAUAUCGGGCAUUGACACGCAACGAGGAAGAAGGAACUGUUGGAGAAUUGAAAGUGCUACACAAAUUUCACAAAACAGAAAUAAAAAUGUUUUUAGAAGUGGAGCGUGGUCCGGAUUUAUCUCCCGCUCCACUACUCGGCCAGGGGAAGGAUGAUAUAUUACUCUUUUUCAAGCUAUAUGAGCCUCAAAAAGAGAAGAUAAGUUACGUUGGAAGGCUCUACGCGAACUUGAAUCACAGGCCAUCAAAAAUGUUAAGAAAGUUAAAUGGAUUGGCUGGUUAUGAUCUUGACGAAGAACUUGAACUCUAUGAGGAGAUUAUGUUUAAACCAAAUCUCAUGUGUGAGCCGGUUAACAUAAGACUAACAUUUCUAGAAAAUGAGUUAGACAAUGGUGAUAUUUUAUGCUUUCAGAAAGCUCUGACAAUCGAUGAUAGAAAAUAUUUUCGCUAUCCUGAUGUGCCAUCUUACUUCAAAUAUGUGCACAAUCGCGGGGUUGUUUUACCUCCCUUAGUUCAGGAGGAGUCAAGAGAGGACAUAAAGACGGAAAGUGAGAGUCAUACGGAAGCCGAAACUUCAAAUUUCAUUAGCACAAACUUUAAAGAGAUUGACAGUAUGAUCGACGAGGAUGCCAUUGCAGCGAUCGACCGAGUUUUGACAGAAGGGGUUACCAUUUCGUUACAAUACCAACCUUCUUUCCGGGGGCAAGUCGUCUCGAAACAAGAUCCCAAAUUCCCUAAACAACUUCUUCGAGAAUUGAGAGACAUUGCGUUUAAAGAAGACUUGUUUGAAAAAUUUAGAAAAGGUUUCAUCGUAAAAGUUGACGUCGAUGCAGUCAAGGAAAGAAUCGACGCCAAUGCUGAGAUGUUCUCCUCUUCGCAAUUAGAACAAGUCAGAAUUGUUGUUAGUCUUGUCAACAACACUCUGAGAAUGUUUGAUAAGCUUGAAAAUUUGAAAAAAGAGCUGGAGUCGACUAAAAAGAACAAUGAACAAGAUAAUGAAGCACUGAAGAAUACAAGAGCGGAGAUAUUGACAUUAAAGGCUUCUUUUCCGGACCAACACGCCGAACUCGACUCUCUUGAUGCGCAAAUUGCUGAUCUUAAAGCUAGGCUUGAUGAACUAGAAUGUGAUAGGGCCAAAAUUAUUGAGAUUCAAGAUCAACACAAUGAUAAGAUCACAUCUAUGAACAAAGAAGUUAGAUCAAUUUACCAUCACCUUGUUGAUGGUCAAGUAAAGUUGAAAAGUAUUGAAAAUGAGAUACCUGAGACUGAAUCUGAAUUGGAAAGUCAUGAAAAAGCCUACGUAAUCUUAAGGGCAACCCCUCCAUUUUGAUUAAUGUAUUUGAUUGGUCUUUUUGGCCAAUGUUAGACUCUAAUUAAGUUAUGUUUUAUGUUUUUUGAUAUGUUAGAGAAUAUUAGGGAGUUAGUUAGAGUUUUAG